AUGGCAGAAAAGUUCGCGACGCAUCAAAUGCAUAUGCAAGCACAAUUGCAGCAUAUUGUGAAAGCACAACACGCGCCGGCGCAACAGCCAAGAAUGUUUGUCACGUCCUUCGAGCAUGGGUCCAAUACUUUUGGAGACUACUUGAAGGCGCGUGGUAAAAGCAUGCGAAUGGGGUCGCUUUAUGAAUUAAUGGAGAGAAAGCCAAUGCCAAUCCCUCAGCAGCAGGCAUGGACGUUCUGCCCCCCACAGGACUUUGGUCUGAAGAUGCCGAAGAUGAAGGAUAUGGACUGGCCAGGGUUCCCAAGGUUUUCAGACAACGAAAUUUACGCAGGAGUUGGUGCAGACUUUUAA